CGGGCCGCAGUUGGCGGCGGCGGCGCGUCGGAGGGUCGGUCGGAGGGGGCCGGCAGGGAGCGGGGCCGGGGCCGCGCCGCCACACAAAGGCCUCAGCAUGGUCCUGGUGCACGUCGGUUACCUGGUGCUGCCCGUCUUCGGCUCCGUGCGCAACAGAGGUGCUCCAUUUCAAAGGUCUCAGCAUCCCCAUGCUACCUCCUGCCGGCAUUUCCACCUGGGUCCCCAGCCUCAGCUCCCUGCUGACUUCGCCCUGCCCCACGCAGUGCAGCCCCAGCCGGGGCUGACUCCUCACAUGGCCCCCCCACACCAGCACAGUGGUCCCCUGCACCAGCCCCUGGCCCCAGUGCCAGCCCUGCCCUUCCAGGACAUGGCCGGACCCUCCUUCCUACCUCAGGCGCUACACCAGCAAUACCUCCUCCAGCAGCAGCUCCUAGAGGCACAGCACCGCCGGCUUAUGCCCCAUCACAGGCGGGCUCAAGAGCGUAUGUCUGUCCAGCCUCAUCGCCUACACCCCAGCUUUGACUUCAGCCACCAACUGCAAACUCCACAACCCAUAGGGCCCCAGCCCAGGUAUUUAGCCGAAGGCACGGAUUGGGACCUCAGUGUUGAUGCGGGACUAACCCACACUCAGUUCCAGGUCCGUCCAGUUCCUCAGCCCUAUCAGCAUUACUUAGCUACACCUCGGAUGCACCACUUCCCAAGAAGCACAUCCUCAACACAGAUGGUUGUUCAUGAAAUCAGAAAUUACCCUUAUCCUCAGCUGCAGCUACUUGCUCUUCAGGGACUGAACCCAAGCAGGCACACCUCAGCUGUGAGGGAGAGCUAUGAAGAGCUGCUGCAGCUGGAAGACAGGCUGGGCAGUGUGAGCCGUGGCGCUGUCCAGAACACCAUCGAGAGGUUCACUUUCCCCCACAAGUACAAGAAGAGAAGACCGCAGGAGGGCAAAGCUGGGCAAGAGGAUGGAGAGGAGUCGGACACUGACGAGAAAUGCACAAUUUGCCUGUCCAUGCUUGAAGAUGGAGAAGAUGUCAGGCGGUUGCCCUGCAUGCAUCUCUUCCACCAGGUGUGCGUGGACCAGUGGCUGGCCACCAGCAAGAAGUGCCCAAUCUGCAGGGUGGACAUUGAAACACAGCUUGGCUCGGACAGCUGAAAGGACUGGCUGGAUACACCGUUUUCCUUACCAGGUCGUAUGGCCAUAAACCCUUGCAGCAAAUUUUUUGCCUUCUGAGCCAUUUGAUUGAGAAGAAAAGGCUGCAGGCAUGUUAGUGAGGAGGAGGUGGAGGAGAUGGCAGUACAAUAUCUAGCUGUAGGAGAUAUUGCACAUACGCAGGAUACGGGCCCAGUAAAAGGGAGCUGGCAUUCCCGGAGCUCAGAGACCCCAUGCUGCAGAAGAUUAAGUGUUGAACAUGAAGGAACUAGUUGUGGUAGUCUGGCCUGUCAAUCCUGCAUUUCAUGAGGAUUGUAUAUAUACCUCUCGAAUAUGUAGAAACAUGUUAGGGGUCUUUUAGCUAUUUCUAUGGAUGGCAGCUGGAGCAUGUUAGCUUGAGAAAUGUUGUGUUUGAUGCCCUACUCAUCUUGUGGUGGACAUGUUGCUGUUAGCUAAUUUGCACCAAAUAUUUUUUCAUAGAUUCCUUAUUUUGGUGCCUGAUCAAUACAUUGCAGAGGGGGAUGAAAAAGGUCAACCUUUCCCACCCUUUUUGAGUGGGGAAGAGGCGAAAAAGCAAAAUCCUGUUUACAGUCAGAAGGGUUGUGCUCUUUGCCUCAGCCGCAUGUGCUUCCUUUCCCUGUGUUUACAGUGUUUCCCAAAUUUAGAGAAGCUUGAAAGGAACAACUAAAAUUUGGAAUAAAAUUAAUGAAGCAAUAGGGAAAAGCUUCAUUCCUGCUUAUCUGCUGAUGCUGGACACUUUCUGUAGGGGUGCAAUAUUGGAGUAGAUGUUUCUUCGCUUUUUAUCUUAAUGAAGUAGCUUGCCAUAUUGAAAUUCAAGGAAGGGGUGUCUUCAUGAUUGUCAUUAUCUAUGUUGCUUUAUGAUGUGAGCUGUGAGGCUGGUUGGCUUCAUCAGCCAUCCAAAAUGAUAGUUACUGGAGUCUGUGCCUACAGCUGUGCUCUGGAGCAUAGCAAUAACAGAGAGGUGUUUAGAGUUGUAUAAUGCCGACUCCUCUCGCAUGCAAAAGCAUCUCUGAUAAUAGGAUGGGAUUAAAAUGAAUGCUCACAAGGCACUGUUGAGGCUGUGAGCAUUUCUGCAUGGAAAAGGGAGGCAGGUUGGAAGGAGGUUUUGAUGCUUUUUGGAGGGGCUGGCUUGUGACCCUGCCUCAAAGCAUAUGUACCUGCACCCAUGUGCGUUUGUAUAUGCAUUUCAGGACAUAUCCAUACAGAGAAUUCAUUGGUUGGUAGAAUUAAACUUAAUUGCAUUAACACUCAAAACAGAAUUAGGAGGAUUCUGUCUCGAAAGACUGAGCUGUUGCAAUCCAAGCUCAGUCUUUUUGACAUAAAGACCUCAGUUUGCCAACCACAGGGACUGAGCUGAAAACCCUCCGGAGAGCCAACAUUCACACCAUAAACACAUUUUUCCCUUUGUUUUUUAUAUCAUUUUUAUUAUUAUCUUUGUAUACUAGGGGAGCAAAAGAGAGAAAAGUGGAGGAGAAAAGGGAAUUAGUUGGGAAAAUUAUAUAUUGAAAAUGCUGAUGUGGCGCUAGUGAUUUCUGGCUCCCCUGAGCAUCCGUUUCACCAGAGCCAAGCGAUGCUUUCCAAGUAGAAACAAUCAUAAAUUACUAUCUAUCUGAGAGACUGAGAGAGUCCCAUGAGCUGGAGCUGGAAAACACCAGCCUCAGAGGCACCCCAGAGAUUAUUUGUUUUCCCAACUAGAGGAAGGAGAAAAAGAGGGGAGCCCUGUGGGUGUGAGGAUGGAGGAGCCCCUCUUUUGCUGUGCCCAUGUAGGUAAGAGGGAGUGCACAGGGGGACAAAUAGUGACAAAUGAGGAAGACAUAAUGGGUUACAGUGAGGGUGGUAAAACACUGGCACAAGUUGCCCAGAGAGGUGGUAGAUGCCCAUCCCUAGAAACAUCCAAGUCAGGUUUGAUGGUGCUCUGAGCCAUCUCAGUUGAAAGUGUCCCUGCUCAUUGCAGGGUGUUUGGACUAGAUGAACUUUAAAGGUUCCUUCCAAUCCAAACACUCUAUAA